AUGGCGGCAGAGAUCCAGCCCAAGCCGCUGACCCGCAAGCCGAUCCUGCUGCAGCGGGUCGAGGGCUCUCAGGAGGUGGUGAACAUGGCCGUGAUCGUGCCCAAGGAGGAGGGUGUAAUCAGCGUCUCGGAGGACAGGACUGUUCGUGUGUGGUUAAAGAGAGACAGUGGACAGUACUGGCCAAGCAUAUACCAUGUGAUGCCUUCUCCAUGUUCAUGCAUGUCUUUUAACCCGGAAACAAGAAGACUGUCCAUAGGUCUAGACAAUGGUACAAUCUCAGAGUUUAUUUUAUCAGAAGAUUAUAACAAGAUGACUCCUGUGAAAAACUAUCAAGCGCAUCAGAGCCGAGUGACGAUGAUCCAGUUUGUCCUGGAGCUGGAGUGGGUGCUGAGCACGGGACAGGACAAGCAGUUUGCCUGGCACUGCUCCGAGAGUGGGCAGCGUCUGGGAGGUUAUCGCACCAGUGCUGUGGCCUCAGGCCUGCAAUUUGAUGUUGAAACCCGGCAUGUGUUCAUUGGUGACCAGUCAGGCCAAGUAACCAUCCUCAAACUGGAGCAAGAAAACUGCACCCUGGUCACAACAUUCAGAGGACACACAGGUGGGGUGACUGCCCUCUGUUGGGACCCUGUCCAGCAGGUGUUGUUCUCAGGGAGCUCCGAUCACUCUGUCAUCAUGUGGAACAUCGGUGGGAGAAAAGGAACAGCCAUUGAGCUCCAAGGACACAAUGACAAAGUCCAGGCCCUGUCCUACGCACAGCACACGCGGCAGCUCAUCUCCUGUGGCGGUGAUGGCGGGAUCGUGGUCUGGAACAUGGACGUGGAGCGGCAGGAGACCCCUGAAUGGUUGGACAGUGAUUCCUGCCAAAAGUGCGAUCAGCCUUUUUUCUGGAACUUCAAGCAAAUGUGGGACAGUAAGAAAAUUGGCCUGAGACAGCACCACUGCCGCAAGUGCGGGAAGGCAGUCUGCGGCAAGUGCAGCUCCAAGCGCUCCCCGAUCCCGCUGAUGGGCUUCGAGUUUGAAGUGAGGGUGUGUGACAGCUGCCACGAGGCCAUCACAGAUGAGGAACGCGCACCCACCGCGACCUUCCACGACAGUAAACAUAACAUCGUGCACGUGCACUUUGAUGCGACCAGAGGAUGGUUACUGACUCGGGAACUGACAAGGUUAUUAAGUUGUGGGAUAUGA